AUGGUAGUCAAAAAAUCAAGCAACAAAACAGUAAAGAAGCCCACCGCCAAAAAACGCGGGGCAAAACCAACAGAGCGUUUGAAGGAAAUAAAAAAUAACAGUCACGAGUUUGAUGAUCGAGAAAAUCAAAAUGUUGAUGCUGCUGGUGAAUUAGCUUUAGAUGCGGGUGAACGUGAUCGUAGAUCAGUAAAACCUGUUGCUAACACUAAGAAACAAGAAACGUCGACGACUACGAAAACAAAGAAACCAACUUCAAAGCGUAAAACAAUCGCUCUUGAAUCGAGUUCUUUUAAAAAAGCUAAACAAGUAAGAGCAAAUAAGAAGCAUCCAUGCAACAAUACUUCUGUGACUAAUCACGUAUCAACAUGUAAAGAAUCUUUUGAUAUGCAUCUUGCCUCACUGAAAAACAAGUAUGCCGGAUGGUGCUCUAAGCACCCUGAGGGAUGUUAUUUAAUUGAUAGUACUCAUCAUUUGGUGUUGCAUGAAUAUAUGUAUAGGAAGUGGGCUUUUUGUCUGGCUUGGCGUGAUGAAAAUGUGACUGAAGACAAACCGCCUCAACGAAAUACUAUGCCUGAAUUUUGGAUAUGCUGCGCUGAGGAAUCUUGA